UAGGUAGAACCGGGCCUGGUGAUAAGCUUUCCAUUGAGCCAGUUGUGUGCCAAUGUGCGCUUUAUCUCGAUAUAUUGAUCUACCAUAAAUAUUCAGCAACUUCCUUUAAGUGCAUGUAUAUAAAUUUUUGUCCGCGAAGUUGAAGAGCUCACUCACCACGUAAACAGUGCCGGUUGCCAUUGACAACAUGAAUAUUCAUGUGAAGCUAUCAUGGCGGCGUCAUGCAGGUAGCACUUGUUACUGUCACUGCGGCACCAACUCAAAUCGAUGUUGUCUCCCUGUGCUUAUAGGCGUGAUGUGGAGUGCUGUGUUUAAAGUUCGAAGACAGUAUUUUUUAAAACUUUUUUGUGCAUGAUUUGUUUUAAAAUGACGGACGAAGCAAAAGUUACAAAAAGACUAGAAUCUUGAUGAGCGCCAAAACUUGAUACCACGCACCAAAACUGCGACAUGGAGAAGGAGAUGAAGAUGCCUCUGAAAAAACAUCAGAUCACACCUGAAAGUAUCAUGGAGGAAACAAAGUUUGAUAGGCCUAGCAUUGAGGCAGAUGGAGAACUGCCUAACUCCAUUAUUAAAAGAUUUAAAAAAUCAAAAGUCAGCAACCGAUCCAUGCUACCAAAGGUAGAACACCCAAGAGGAUUUGAAGCAGUUGUAAAUGCAAAACAUAAAGCACAGCAGUGGAAAGAUUAUAUAACAUCACGAAGAGCAGCAAAAAAACCAGUGCGCACACAGGCUGAUGGAGAGGAUCAAAAUUCAGCUGGUCUUUCUGAAGAUGAAGUACCUACAGGUGGCAUUGGUCUUGAUGGCAUACAUGAUGACUUUAUUACCAGACACAUUCUUGAGAAAAAAGACAACCAUAAUGUGAACAUCAGCAUGGUUAUAGACAGUAAUGUGGCACUGAUUCAGCAUUUUUCUAAAAUGGGUCAGUCAAAAGAUGUCAAUGCUUCUAUCAAUCUUGAAUUUGUGAAUUCAAUGCUUUCGAAUGGAGCAGAUGUCAAUGUCACGGACAAAUUGGGACAGACCAUCCUCCAUGAGGCUGUAAGAACAUGGCAUGUUGAUGUUGCAAGAUGGCUGAUUGAACAUGGGGCCGAUGUGAACAGAACUGAUCACUUUGGUCGUACCCCACUUCAUGUAGCUGCUGCUGUUGACUGUCCAGAGGCAGUGAACAUCCUGAUUGAGAAUGGAGCUCAAAAAGAAGCUGAGACAAAAGGAGAAAAACAAACACCAGUCUUUUAUGCAGCCAGAUCUGAUGCUGCAGACUCAUUAAGAGCUUUGAUAAAGAAAGGAUGCUUAUACAAAGUUGUCAGGGACUACAGAGGACGAACUCCUAUUCACAUUGCAGCAGAGUUAGAUCGAAGCGAGACAGCAAGACUAUUGUUGGAGCUAAAUGCAUCAGUAGGUGCAAGUGAUAAUCAUGGACAGAAAGCCAUCACAUGGAUGAUUACAAAGAUGCCUCCAGUGGCAAAAGAAGCUCUCAACCAGUUCCGUGUUGUUGAUCGUCACACAAGAAAACAGCGAUAUUUUCUCAAUUUUAUUGUUCAAGACAGAAAUACAGAUCCUUCAAACCGAGGCCAGACACCACUAGGUGUUGCAGUUGCUUACAGACAGUAUGACUUACUAAUGGACGUAACAUUCAGGCGAUUUUUAGAUUUACAGUGGACUAAGUUUGCCAGGUUCUGGGCUGUGUGGACACUAGUGGUCAACUUCUUCUACAUUGUUAUUUGGACAAUCAUAGGAAUUGUUGUGGAGUAUGACAAACGCCACAUUUACACCUUUCCAGAAGAUGGGUAUCGGAUUUUCCUUUGGAUUCUUGCUGUGGUCUCGACAAUAUGGCAGAUAAUUGAUGAGAUCAGAGAGUAUUUCCGGUCCCAGCAGAGUCAUAAAAAGUGGGAAGACUGGCGGACAGAGUCUAUAAAACAAGACUUGAAGUACUGUCAUCCACAAUGGCCAGAAGAAGAGCAAUAUCUCAAGUCUGAGAUGACAAACCUGGAAGACCUUAGCCCAAAAUAUUUCAGCGAUGCAUGGAAUGUCUUUGACUGGAUCUGCUAUGUUCUACUCAUCAUCUGCAUCAUCACUCACUUAGUGGACAUCUUUGCUCACACUGAUGGCAUUGCUCAAGCCCACAUCCGCUUCAUGUCUGUCACGAUUAUUGUCUUAUGGCUCCGCCUCAUGAAAAGUGCCCGUGCUUUUGCACUGUUAGGUCCAUUUAUUGUCAUGCUGGGACACAUGCUGAAGGACUGUGCUAGAUUUCUUUUCUUAUACCUGGAAUUUUAUAUUCCUUUUAUGGCUGUCUUCUGGAUGACAUAUGGAGGCACAAAGCAGAGCAGGACUAACUCAAGUGUUGAAGUUGUAGUCAGCGGGUUUGAGUAUCCAGCUGAACUCUUAUUCAGCCUUCUGAGGCUAACGCUUGUAGGCUAUGACUAUGAGAACAUGAAGGAAGUGUCUGAUUGGUUCACAGAUAUCCUUCUGGCAGCAUGGUUCCUUCUUUCAUCCAUUUUAUGUUUGAACUUGUUUAUUGCUCUUCUGUCGGACACAUUCCAGCGUGUGUAUGACAAUGCUCAGUCAAAUGCAGUUAUGCAGCGAGCGAUCAUCAUCCUGAACAUUUGGGAGGGACUUUCUGCAAACCAGAAGCAAAAGUUUUUUAACUUCAUAGAUGAAACCUGUUCCCCCCUGGAAGAAUACUAUGAUGAUGACUUAACUCAUAGUGAUGAAGAUGACUUGAAAAAAGUUACUUUUCAGAUAAAGGAUUCACUUGAUGAGUUCACGGAAUCUUUCAAAUUGCAUUUUGGAGACCCACACUCCCUGCUUGGAGACCUUCAGGAAGAAAACACACCUUCAGGAGAUGGCAACCCAAAAGGCAGAAAUACAGGUGAAAGUAAAGACAAAAGUGUGGAAAGUUUCAGAGCAAGAGGAGGCAUUUUGACAAGUGAUCGUUUUAAUCAAGAAAUAUCUGCCCUUCAAGCCACAGUAGACAAGCUGCAGCAACAUCAAUCACAUUUCAUGGAAAUGUACCUGCGAGACAUGGGCAGCAUUCAAGAAUUGCUCAAAUAUCUGAAAGGUGCACAAGCCAGUACUCUGGGGAAUAGUUUUCAGUCAAAAUGAAAGUCAUCCCAUUGCUGGGUCAAGUGAUUGGCAAAUGGAUAAUAACACUGUGUCUGCACUGAAACCCAAAAAAAGAAAGAAAAGAAAACCAGACCCACCUAUACCUCUGAGUGUUGAAUUGCUAGAAAUUCCUGGGUCAGCUCAUGGAUCAGGCCGUGUCUCCAGUGCUUUUGAGCAGCUCCAAGAAGAGGAAGGAACUAUUCCUGGUGCUGCUUUUGAGUCUGUUACUAGCAUAGAGAAGAUGUUUGGGAAAGAUGGCUCUUCACAGUGCUAACAACAGAAUGUUACCUCUCACCUGAAGGCCUUUUACAUCUGUUGUAGUAAACGCUCACCACAUCAUAUAUUGCAUCACUUUUACCAUGUAGGAAAAAAAGUUACAAGAACUUUUGCCAGAACCCUAACUUUCAGCAAAGCACAUUUCACAUUAACCAAGUUAGGUAUAUCUUUUUCAACUUUUCUACAACAGAUUAUUCUUAUGUGCCAACAUGAUCUCAUAUAGCUAUGUAUUGAUUUUAUUUUUAAAAUAUUUAGAUUUUAAAAAAUUAUUUGAGUAAAACCAUGACCUGUUUCUUUGCUACACCAGUCACUGUAGCUUUGUAGCAUAUGUAACAAAUCCUCUGGUCUCUACAUAAUUAGACAAAUAAAAUCAUACACUGAAUGUAUUUAUUAUCAACUACUUUUCUGAUUAAGCACCAUUUUUAGAAAUUGUUUAAUAAUAAUAAAUGUAAAAUUUGUAAAGCGCAUACACCCCUAAAGAGUUUAAGGAUUAUUUUAUUAUUAUUAAUUAUUUUCAUAGUCUUUUAGUUCGUUUUUAUUCAUUCUUGUUUUACUUAAUUGUUUGCACAUCAUCUUCCAUCAUCCCUUAACUGGUACUAGCUGAUCACCAGUUAAACUGGCCAUAAGAUAGGCUGUUUGGAUGACAGACCCUAGCCUUGCCUCUGACAUACCUCAUCCUAAGCUCAGUGUUGGCCCAGGCGGCAAAGCAUAUCAUAGGGGUGACCAUUACCUUUUCCUUUGGCAGCUUGCCUUCUGAACUCCUUUGGGAUAUUUUCGCCUGAGUCUGUUCAUGUGUACAAAAUGCACUGGAUGGCCAUUACUAGCGGUGGAACAGGGGUAGUUGAGUAGAGGUCUGGGAGGUCUUGCUUUCAUCACUGCAUAUGAAAACACAUAACACUCAUGUUUCUAUAGCCUACUUAAGACUGCACCUUAUGGAGGACACGAAGAGCUCAUGUUUUUCCACUCACAGGAUUUGGAACUUGCAUUAGCAGAAUGCACUUCGGUGCAUUUUACCAGCUUUCCAUUCUCCUGCUGGAGGAAACAAGUAUUCAACCAGCUUUGUUUUGCUGGUUGCUCAAGAGAUGAAUUCAUCUUUUCUGCUAGCAAUCAAAAUUUUCCUCCAUUGUUUGCACAUAACAGGAACUACCUUUCAUCAGGAUUAAAGUUGUCUGUAGUGCAAAGCCUUGACUACUUCUGUGCUACCUCCAUCUACAUUUAAGAGAGAAAAAUAAGUUGUUGAACUAGGGCCAACAUUUGUCACUUGUUUUUUUUUAAGGCUAUGAAUUAUGAAUUUUCAAUUGGCACUUACAUAUGACUGUCACAUAUUCUAUCCUUCAUUUUGUGGCUGUGACUAGUUAUAAAGAACGUAUGUUUUUGCAAGUUUGUCCAAAUCAGUAAUUCUAGGUAGUUCUCUCAUUAAUUGGUAUUAAAUUGUAUAUUUUUUUAAAUUUAUCUUGACCCAAAUGCAGAAAGCGAAGGGAUUAUUUUUCAGCUAGAUACUGUUUGGUUUGUUUCAUUCUAAAUCUGUAAAUAAUGUCUUUCACAGUUGUUUUUCCAGUUGUGAGUCAGGCCUACAGCAACUGAAGUGAUAAAUGUUGACAUUGUUUAGUUUCUAGACCCAUUAAAAAAAACUGUUCAGAAUUGCAAAGUUGCUUUAUUGAAUAAUCCCCCUUUCUUCUGUUGACAUUUUACAAACUACCAAAAAUAUUAAUAAGAGUUUAAUGCUUGAUGCCUUCAUUUAGGUGCUAACCUUUUUAACAUCAGUGCUGCAUGCUUAUGUAAUAAAUUUUUCCAUUUAUAUUGUAUAAGUACAUGUGAUUUUAUGUGGCAGAGGUGGUUCUGCUACUGUUGUUUGGCCAAGAAAUUCUGGAUUUAUAAUCUGCCUUUUGAUAACAAAUCAAAGCAGGCUGUGAUUGUUACAUUAAAGAAUACAUUUUUAAACGCCAAAAAUUGCCUUGUGACAGUCUUACAGCUAUUAUCAAUUGUUAAUAUUUUGAUCACUUACACUACCCUAUUCUGAGAUUUGAAAUCAUAUUGAGUGAUUUGUAUUUAAAUCACUGUGUGAAAAGAAUGAAAACUAAAAUAAAUAUUUUAA